CACCCAAGAGCAUCGGAUGCCGGUCGCCUCAGAAAGAGUCCGCCGCUAUAGGGGCAGUACGCCAGCAACACGUGGAUUGCGUAAAACUCUCUUCCUACCUGCAAUGAAAACUACGUACCUUUAAGUCAAAUAGCGCGUAAACUGACGUACGGCAAGCUAAGGCGUUGACUACCUUGGCAUCAUCAAAUAGCAUUCACGCCAUUCACGAGUAACAAUGUGGAAAAAGUUAGUGUGCGUGCUGUUAUGGACCUUCUUCAGCUGGGGAAAGGGAAGCCUGCGUCGUUCUCCUGAUAUUGGCUCGUGGCAAAGCGGCGAUAUUGAGGAUGGAAACGGAAAACUUAUCAACCAUCCAAACACGGAAGACCUCACUGAAUAUGACGGCUGGAACCAUCAGAUUGCAACGGAAAGUCGAAGGUCCAGGCGGCAAUCAAAGAACACCAUGCCGAGUACGAGUGGAAGUUCCUCCUCCGGGCAUCCCAUACCGCCCGAUCUCGUCAGACUGAGAAAGACUUGCGGCAUCGAAUCCGAAACACGGAUUGCCGGAGGACGAGACGCCAACUGGAGCCACUGGGGCUGGAUCGCGGGCAUCCUUUACAGCAACAACUACGAGCAGUACUGUGGUGGAGCCCUCAUCAGUAACCGAUACGUUAUUACAGCUGCACACUGCACUGACGGGAAGGCGGCCUCCGACAUGAAAGUUUUACUGGGCAGGAACGACCUCAACAGUACUGCGGGUCGAAUUUUUAAUGUUUCGCGGCUACGACAGCACCCGGACUUCCAAAGGGACACCCUUCAGAACGACAUCGCUAUUUUACGACUGCAACAGCAGGCCAGAUUCGACGAUAAUAUUCGUCCUAUUUGCCUGCCAUCCAGCAGAGAUGUAACAUUCUUUGGCAAAAGGGCCCAUGUAGCUGGAUGGGGAAGUCUCUUUCACAGAGGACCUUCGAGUCCAAAGUUACUGGAAGCUGAAUUAAGAAUCUGGAACAAUACGGAGUGCCAAGGAGUUUUUCCUCAGCGAAUUAUUAACACCUUCCUGUGUGCUGGAAACAGAAAAGGAGGAGUUGAUUCGUGUCAGGGCGACUCUGGAGGACCCUUGAUAGUCAAAUAUCAUCGUAAGAAGCAGUGGUUCCUUGCUGGUGUAGUGUCCUGGGGUUUAGGGUGCGCAAGUCCUGGUAUACCUGGCGUCUACACUAGGGUCACCGAGUUUCUCGACUACAUUUAUGAGCACGCUGUUUAAUAGGCCAACGUCGCCAAGCAUCCAUUGGCGGAUGUGCCGUGUUACACCAUCACCACCACCACCAUAUCUUGCGGUGGACAGCAGAAGACAGCACUCUUGGACAUCCAGCAAACUCUCACCAGGAUGUUUUGCCAAAACACUUUUGGAAUGAAAUUACAUUUUUUCCUGA